AUGGAGGAUCGUACAGCGGAAGGGCAAACCUCGCCCGCGGCCCAUGAUCGGCGCCGCGAAGAAGCAGCGUCCUACCGUGUAGGACGCGACGAGAACGCUCGUGGACACCACCACGACCAAAACGCGUCUGUAGGGAACAAUACAGACCGCACGGCUACGCGCCGCGCACUCGCGACACGUACGAUGUCGGACACCGAGGUGCCUCUGUCGGAUGGCGCGCGGGAGCGGCGUCGCAAGGAAAAGUCACGCCGCAAUGCGGACGAGACAUCGCCUCAGCGCGGGAUCGUGGAUCCCGCCGUACUAGACAUGGUGUACAGUUGGUUUGUAGACGAACAAGCAGACGAGAUACUGUUCGAACUUGCGGCAGAGGGCGAUCAGCGAGGCCGAGCGCUGAAUGAAGGAGAGGCCAUGGAGGUGAUCAACCGGCACCUCCAGACGGCAAUUGAGACGAUGAGUCGCGACCGUUUGGUGCGAGAGGAGGCGCAGCGAAACUUCGCAGACGCCGAAGGCGGCGACAACAAUAUCGUUGCAUCGAACGAAUCUCUAUUCAACGUGCGGGCGAGUGAUGAGAGCGACAACGCAUAUUUGCGUCGUCUGGAGGCGCAGCGCCGCACGUUGAGGAUGCACGCACCUAGUGGUGCCUCAGCCAGCAACGCCAUGAGCGUGACAUACGCUCAGCUUCAGGAGCUGAGUGCGCGGUCAUUCGAAGAUCGAGUCAUCCUCCAGCGGAUACUUGACGAUGACUUACGCGACCAAGGAUUCUCCAAUCUCGGAGACCAGUUCAUCCGGUUCACGGAGGAUCAUCCGGAAGGAGAGGACGUCUCGGAAGUGACCCUACGCGAACGGCUCCGAGCGCGGAGCGCUCGGACAACGAGCACAGGGACGUCUCGUACCACGAGUAGAGUCGGCCAAGGAAUGCUUCGUGGACGAGGGAUCUAUGACCCGUCAUCCACGGAUGAUGACCGAGGGCGACGCAGACCGCAGAAGAGGGGGCGGAAGGAUGACCAGCAGAGAGGAAGACGCGGGGAGCAGCCUCGCAAACGACCGAGGCCCCCAGCAAGGGACGAACCAUCCGACCCAUCGUCGUCGGAUGGUAGCAGUGAUGAGGGCAAUGGAGGGGGACAGGACGUACCCCGACGAGCUCCUCCAUUGAGGCGAGGAACGACCCCGUUCGACAACGGGCGAGUAGGGAGAGACAACCGAGGUCAUCCUCGAGGUCGACCGGCUGCCGGUCGAUUUGACCACCUCAUACAACACUACCUAACCCAGAGCUACCCGCUUCCUCCUGGAGUGAAGCCAAAGGACUUGGUCACGCCCAAGCUCCCCACAUAUGGCGGGGAGAACAGCGUGGAUGCAAUGGAGGAAUGGCUGGUGGCCAUACUUCGUCAUCUCGGCGUAUACGGGAUGAGCAGCGACGAGUUUGACUCGAUUCGCAUAUAUUUCUUGGGGACGCACCUAACAGGGCAUGCGUCCGAAUGGUUCAGGGACACCAUCGAGAGACGAGGUAUCGAUGGGUGGACGUUUGAGGGAGUAGUACAGGCUCUUUUCGAACGCUUCGUUCGGGACACGUCUCUUCAAGACGCGACCCUCGCGUUCAACGAAGCUCAGUAUCGACCAUCGCGCGGCGUCGCGGGAUGGAUCAAUGACCUGGAGCGACUAGCCUCAAGGAUGGUGGAGGCACCCAACGAGUACAUGCGUAGGCUCCGAUUCAUGAGCGGGUUGCCUCAUGAGAUUCGGAAUGCGGUGCUUGGGCAAGGGUUUACCGCGGAGAGGUCGCGGAGGAGAGACAUCGAAGCCGAGGCCAUAGUUCAGGAGAUUGCGAUUCACAAUGCGCACAACUAUGACCAGCGUCUGAAUCGCAUGUUCGGACGGCCGACCGGGUCGUCCAGCAACCAUGCAUCGACGCCAAACACUCGCACAACGACGAGUGGGAGUACUCGGGUACAUGAGGUACCCCGACGAGAGGAGCGGCGCGUCGGGCAAUCAUCACGGCCGCCCGACAGGCCUCGAGAUAGGCCUGAACGCGACAACUCGGCGCGAAGAGCCACUACCGCUCCGCCUCGAGAGGUGAGGUCGGCUGCUCCUCAGAACAGCCAACGUCCAGCAGCGGGAAACAGCGGUGGUCAUAACCGCGACCACCAUGACCUGACUUGCUACAAAUGUGGUGCGAAGGGGCACAUAUCACCGAAUUGUCCUCUGCGAGACAAUGGUGGACAUGGCCGCGGGUCUGGAGGCGCCGGGAAUGGUGGAGGAGGAGGUGCCACUGGUGCGGGAAAUAGUGGCACGCGCCUCUUCGCGUUAUGCGAAGAGGAGGACGUCCCCAUCGACUCGAACGUAGUCGAUGACCGCAGCGAUUCAGGAGCGCCUGAACCGCCCGCCACGGACGACGAAUCACUCGGCGAACUCGUCGAGCUGCACUAG